UUCAAGUCCCAUUCAGACCAUUGACACGCACCGAGCUCAUCAGAGAAUCAAUCUCCUUGCUACAUUAUUCGCCCAUCAUGGCUUCGUUACGAGUUAAUUCGUGUUUAUUAUCUUCUAGCAGUGCUUCUGCUUCUUCUUCUUCUUCUUAUUCGAGUAGGAGGAUAACAGCUGCGGUCCAUUUAUCCGGUUCCCAGAAGGCUUGGUCGGCCAAACCCAUCACGGGGAGGCUUGUCCGUGAACUGAAUACCAGAAGUGGUUACGUUGGUCCAGCGCAGCAGUUACUUGACCUGACUGGUGACAUGACAGUUGUAGUAACCGAUGAGCCCAGCGGACCGUCGGGUGCUGUAGCCAAUUCAGUGACCGAGCAGAUGUACUCGAUCCUCGAGGCGGUUGCAGAUAGAGUGGAGAUGCAUAGGAAUAUUGGCGAGCAGCGGGACAACUGGAAUACCCUCUUGCUCAAUUCCAUCAACAUGAUGACUCUCACGGCCACCACCAUGGCGGGCCUUGGAGCAGCUGCUGGAGGUGGAGCUCCAUUGGCGCUGAAGCUGUCUUCAACUCUAUUGUUCACAGCAGCCACCGGGAUGUUGCUUGUGAUGAACAAGAUCCAACCCUCACAACUGGCCGAAGAGCAGAGGAACUCCGUGAGGCUAUUUAAACAGCUCGAGAGCGAGAUCCGGUCAAGGCUCGCCGUUCGUGCCCCCACUCAAGCUGAUGUGGAUGAGGCUAUGAAGAAGGUGCAUGCACUCGAUAGGGCUUACCCGCUCCCCUUGCUCGGGGCCAUGCUAGAGAAGUUCCCAAAAAAGUUCGAGCCUGCCUCCUGGUGGCCGAAAACCAAAACUAAUAAAGCCUCGGCCCACCGAAAUAAUAUAAAGAUGAACCAUUUUCCAUCUACCGGGGCCCGUGCCUGCUUGGAUCGGAGAGUGUGUAAUCAAAGUGAGGGGAAGAACGGGUGGAGCGAGGAGUUGGAAGUGGAGAUGAGGGCCAUUGUGGAUGUUUUGAAGAGGAAGGAUGAGGAGGAUUACCUGAGGCUUGGCAACAUUGCAUUGAAGGCCAACAAGGUGUUGGCUGUUUCAGGCCCGGCGCUCACUGGCCUAGCCGCCGUGGCUUCUGCCUUUGCUGCAGGAUCCUCUGGAGGGGCGGCAGCUGCUGCCAUUGUGGCAGCUGCAUCCGGCUCGUUAGCGGCAGCAGUGAAUGCAUUUGAGCACGGUGGGCAAGUGGGGAUGGUGGUAGAGAUGUACAGGAACUGCGCAGGAUUCUUCAUGCUGCUGGAGGAGUCGAUCGAGGUGACGCUGGAGGAGAGGGAUGUGGAGAAGAGAGAAAAUGGAGGGUUGUUUGAGAUGAAAGUUGCCCUCAAGCUUGGAAGGAGCCUCUCGCAGCUUCGAGAUUUGGCUAGGAAAUCCAUUUAUUCCGAUAUCGAAGGGACUGAGAUUGAUGAAUUUGGAAGCAAACUCUUCUGAAAGUCUGUUCUUGAGCCAAAAUUUUAACUUGUAUAGAUAACAUAUAGUUGGACCUUUCUAAUCAAUCAUUCUUCGAUUCUUUCACCACAAUUUUGUAUAUCUCCUGUAAAAACAUAGUUUUCUCACUCAGUGAAUUUGUACACACUUUAUGAACAAUAAUGCUCUUACUGAAUUUUGUAUCUCGGAACCAAUCUCAU